CGCAUCUGCAUCUUUCAUUGCAACAUUCUAACGAGACAGAAGCACACAUAUCUCUUUGGAUAAGGACAUAGAUUGGUGCCACUUCUUCAUCAUUGCACCCCCAGGGGCCUGAACAGUUCAGGAUGGCUGAAGGGGGUGAAAAUGGAGACCCAUUUCAAAGCAUAAUGACACUAGGCCUACAGGAGCACUCAGACAGGACGUUUCUCGCAGGCUUGUUCGAGAGGUUGUUCAAAGACGUCACCCAAUUGAAGGACACAGUCGGCAAGUUGGAUACCAAACUGGACAGCGUACUACAAAUCCAUGGCAGUACUACUAGCACCAGCUGUAUAAAAUCUGUAGGCGACCCAUGCAGGAGUCUAAGGCCAAUUUUAGAUGCAGAGAGUGAUGAGGAUGAUGAGGAUGAUGAGGAUGGUGACGAAGAAGAGGAGGGUGACAAAUGGGUGCCUCUGAAGGACCGUCCCCGUGUGACAGAGCAGGAGAGGCACGCGGCCAUGAGGAGAGCCAGAGCGAGGGAGCUGGAGCUUCGCCGAGAGGUCCUGCUGCUGCGAAUGUGCGAGGUGGGCAGAGAUGACCACAUGUCCAAGGAGAAGAGAGCCAGGGAGCUCACUUGCAUCCUGAACCAAGAGAAGGAGCUUCGCUACUACGAAGAGAAACGCAGGAAGACCCCCGAGAACACGAGGAGGGAGGAGAGGAAGAAGGAGAGGAAGGUCCUCAGGAGGCCAAGGAAAGUGAACGUGCUAAAGAAGUUGGAGGACAAGCUCGCCGAGAUCAUUGAGAUGCAUCAGACGCCGGAGGAAGAGGACAGGGAGGGAAAGGACGAGACGCUGAAAAAGGAAACCCAAAAGGAAACACAUGACGACACCAAUACCAAAUCCCAUACCGAAGGACAUGGUGCGAGAGAUGAGAAUAAGGCAUCUCUGACCGAAAAGGCAGCCAGUAUGGCCCUGAAGCUCACACAAGAGAAGACCGGGCAGGAAAAGUCAAAUAUGGAUUUGAAAAAAGUCGAGGCAUUGAAUACUGCUCAGUGCGCGAAGGAGCACAAAGAAGAACACGGGCGUCAAGCGAAAACGUCCAGUGUCUCUGACCAAAAAUACGGCAAGGAGACCACCAAGGCAUGUGACGAGGAUGAGGAGGAUGCAAACGAUGACGCACUGAGCGAGGCGAAGGCCUUUUUAGAAUCUAUGGCGAGGACAGAAAGGGAAUGCCUAGAGAAAAAGAGAGCCUCUGACGAGAGCACUGUGGACGAGAAGGUGAAAAGAUUUCAGAGACGUCUUGAAGAGUUGGACCAGAGGAGAGUCGUGAAGGCUCGCUCUAAGGCGACCCCAAAGACCACAAAGCCGGACCAACACAGAAGAGGGCACGAUGAUCAAAAGCAACUCUGCGCCCUGGAGGACGCUUUGGGUUAUCCACACAGGUGGGCAAAAGUUGGAGCUGCGAAGAACACAGAGAAAGACCAUCCGCCAGGCUCUGAAAGGUCCUCAGGCAACUCGCAGAGACAGCACAUCCUAGGAGAUUGGGACUCUAAAGCGGAUGCAAAGAAGAACACAAGCGUCCGUGCCAAACGGAACGAGAGAGGAUGUCAGUUGGAGAGCAAAGGUCUGAAUGGUGAACCAAGAAAUCUGGGUGAGAAGGCAGCACCAAGAAAGUAUCACCAAAAGAGGCUGAACGCUGCUGAUCAAGAGGUUAGUUACACUGAGAUGAGCCGGGUAGAAGAAGAUGAAGGGGCUCUGGAGGUCAACGGGGUCAUGUCAGGGGAGCCACAGGGGAAAACGAAGGGAUCGUUUCCCAUCAAACUGCCCCUCUGGGGUGUAGAAGACAUAGAUUACAUUUCACAAUAAAAGAAAAUAAUAAUAAC